GAUUGAAGUGCGUGGAAACAGGAACUCGCCUGUGAAGAGAGAGGAACCGCGGUCUUUUCGGAUUCUCCGAGGCCGCAAGAAGGAGGAACACGUUCUUCUCUCAGAGAAAGUGGUUCGAGGAUGAGGUCAGGGCCGGAACUCACUGAGUUACUCAGGGACCGCGUCCCCGCCCGGCUCGGCUCGGCUCACUGUCGCUGCAGGAACAUGGAGCAGCUUAGCUAACGUCUACGGCGCGGUGAGCGCGAGCUCUUCUUCGUUCGUCUUGUUCUCCGGGAAACACCGACCGACUGACCUCGACCAAUGCACUAGUACCGGGAGACUUUCAGGAGCAUGGUCGACCAGGAGGAAUUAGAAGAACGGCUGAGGAAACUUCUGGUGAGGCUGAAGUCUCCUCAGGAGGACAGGCUGAUGUCCACGCUGAUCCAGAUCAUCCAGGAUCUGCUCUCCUUGGCGCUCGAGGACUCCGCAGCUGAACUGUUUAAAGACAAAGAAGUGCACACACCUCUUAUGGUUGUGCUGUCCACAUACAUCAGCAGCAGGAGAGUCCAGCAGGUGGGCUUGUCAUUAUUCUGUCAGCUGAUAGAAAUAUGCCCCGGCACACUGGGGCAGCUAACCAGGCCGCUGCAGGCUGCCAGAGACUGGGAGGUCCUGCCUGUGCACCAGCAGAUCCUGAAGGUGCUUUCUCAGCACAGCAGAGACUGGCAUGUGACCAUGGUUGGACUUCGGGCGCUGGCUUUGCUGCUCACAUCAGAUGUGAUUCCCAUGUUGCUGCUGGAGGAGGAGGAGGAGGAGGAUGUCUUUAGCUUGGUGGUCCAGGCGAUGAAGACUUUUCCUACCAGCCAUGAAGUUCACUUUCACGGCUGUGGAGUUUUGCAGCGGCUGCUUAACACAGUCAGUGCCGCUCAUCUUGUGGAGUUUGUGGAGAACCAGGACCAUGAUGUUGUUCUUUCAGCUCUUCAAAGGUUUCCAGGAAGUCCAGGGGUGCUCCUGCAGGCCAUGAAAGUGCUUCUGCCUCUGGCUUGCACCGCCAGUAACGUGGAAGUGUUGAUGUCGGGAGGCACUCGGUGUUACAGCGCGGUCAUCGCUGCCAUGGACGCUUUUCCUGACGUGGAGGAGCUGCAGGAGGCGGCCUGCUGCCUCUUCCGGAGGUUUACUUCAGAGAGUUAUUACAACAUCUUAGUGAUCAAUGGCGUCCAGAGAGUGACAGUGAGAGCCGUCCAGAGGUUCCCCGACAACGCGGUUCUGCAGGCCGCCGCCCUCUCCUGCCUGGCUGAUCUCACUUCAACCAUCGUGCACAACAAAGAAGUGGCUGAACAGAGUCUGGAGGAAGGAGAGUCGGAAGAGAACAGAGGGACAGGAGAGGUGGAGGACAUGGGUCUGGGCUGGAUGGAAGACUGCCGCACAGCUCUGGAGCGCCAUGCUUCUGAGCCCUCGGUUCUGGAAGCUGCAUGCUGGGCCAUUCAUCACCUGCUCCUGCACAGAGCUUCUGUCAGCCAAUCAGAGGACAAGCUGGAUGACAGGACGCCUGUUCACAGACAGCUGAUGGCAGCCAUGUUGUUUCAUUCAUCCUCUCCCAGAGUGUUUAUAGCUGCUGCCAGCGCUCUCGCCACGCUGGUCUCAAACAACAGUAGAAUGAGCCCUCUGCUGCUCUCCAGUGGCCUCCAUGUUAAUUUGGUGGAGACGAUGAAGAGACAUUUAAAUUCAGCUGAAGUUUCCAUAGCUGCCUUCAAGCUGUUAAAGCUUCUCUUUCAUGGAAGGACUGCGAGUCUCGAUGAGCUGAACAUGGUCAUGGGUCAGAUCCUCAGCACCAUGAGGGAGCACAACUUCCAGCCAGACGUUCAGCUGGAGGCGCUGAAGACCAGUCUGGUCUUCCUUUGUCCAGACCGGAGUCUGAGGGAGCAUGGCAUCUCUGUGCAGGAUCCAGACAUGGCGGACGUGUCUCUGAAAGUGCUGAAAAACCAGCUGGUGGUGGAGGGGGCUCACACUCAUUUCCUGGAGGUCCUCAACCGAUUCAUUAGCUACCCGGCCAUACAGAAGAGCGGUUUGAAAUUGCUGUCUGCUUUGGGUGACUGCUCGGGUGCAGUGGACCUGUUGUGCCAGCAGGGGGCGAUAGACACAGUGCUUCAUACACUACAGAUGUUCCCAGAGGACAGAGAGAUACACUACUGGGGUCUGGCCCUGCUUAACUACGUCGUGUUCAAGAAGAAGCUGUCCAGGAUGAUCCUGCCUGUUCUGGCCUGUGUUGUGCUCACAUCGCUGAGUCAGUUCAGACAAGACUCUGAGAUGCUGCUGAAGAGUUUUCAGGUGGCUGUCAGGAUGCUGGACGCCUGCUCAGAUGCUGCUGCUGAGCUGCAAAAACGAGACUUUGACCGAGAGCUUUUCCAACAGCUCAGAAAGGAAACCGAUCAGAGCGCCACUCCGCUGUGGAAGUCGGUGUGUUUGGCUCUGUCCAAGAUGUGGAGCAACCCUGAGCUUCACUACAGCAUGCUGGAAAAAGCCUGCAUGGACGGAGACACAGUGAUGGCCGAGUGUCUGAUUGAGAUGGGCGCUGAUAUCAACAAGAAGAGCAAAGGCGAGUCUCUCAUUUACCAGGUUUGUGAGAGGGGCGGACCUUUGGAACUGGUGGAGCUCCUGCUCAGCCAUGGUGCCCAUGAGCAGCACGUCCGCAGGGCGCUGGCUGUGAGCGUGAAGAGGGCCGACAGCUCCACAGUCAUCCAGCUGCUGGGCCGUCUGGGUUUGGAUGUUAAUAACGGUGCCCUUUGUCUGGGCGGCCUCAGGCUGGGUCGACUAGAAGCUGCAUGGCUGAGCCCCCUGCUGGCAGACAGAGGCAGAAGCUUCAGUCUACGCAGCAACAACAGUAAAGGCAUGGGUUUGGCAAGGGUUAUUCAGUCUUUCCAGAGAUCUAAGAGGCUCAGCAGACUCAUGUCUGACCAGUGUCUGACCUCUGGUUACAUCUCUGACGAGAGUGAUGACUCCAGCUUCAGCCCCGUGUCCCCGGAGGACUGCUUGUUUGAUAACAUUGACCCGGAGAGUGAUGGAAGUGACUCCCUAUCACCUGCUCCUGCUCCAAGGUCAUGUAAUCAUUCAUCAGAGGAGCUGAGGGGGGGGCCUGUCAAGAGGAAGCAGGGACGUCGAAGACAUGCCAGCGCAGAGAGCGCUCAAACGGAGCAUGAAAGCAGCGAGCUCACCCACAGGAGGUAUGGCAGGUCUGGAUCCAGCCAGAAAGUUUGGGGAUCUGGUGAGAGUUCUGCUGUUCUGCUCAAAGAGAGGGAGCGGAUCCGCCUGCUGGACCUGACAGGGAAUGAGCUGGACUCUCUGUCCUGUCUGGCAGAGGACAGCUUCGUCCAGCAGCAGCUGGGGUUUCUUCUCCGCCUGGACCUCUGUCACAACAAUCUGACAGAAUUUCCCUCCACCAUCUGCCAAAAUUUGAGGAGUCUGACCCGACUGGACUUGCAGGGGAACCAGUUGAAGUCGCUGCCGGAGGGGCUGCUGGCUCUGCCCUCUUUGAGCACGCUCAACGUCUCUCGCAACUGCAUCGGCCCCACGCUCAGCUUUGACCCCGCCGUCACCUGUCCGGCUCUGAAGCACCUCAACCUCUCUUUUAACAAGAUCUCCACGUUCCCUCACCAGCUGGGCUGCAGCAUGCAGAAGCUGGAGGAGCUGUUUCUGGAAGGCAACUGCAUAACGGAGCUGUGCGUUCCUCUGUGUCUGCCAGAGAUCAAACUACUGGAUGUGAGCAGGAACAGUGUGGACAACAUUUGUCCAGACUUCUUGAGCAACUGUUGCAAACUGGAACAUUUGAAUGCCUCCAUGAAUAAAAUCGGUCACCUGUCUCAGCUGCCCAUCAAGAUCACAACACUGAAACUGGCAAACAACAAAUUCAGUCAGGUUCCAGCAAGCGUCCUGGACCUCCCAGUUUUGAGGUCUUUAGACAUGCGGGCCAACACCAUUGAUUUCCUGCCUGGGCCGAGCCUCUGGGCGUCCAGCAACAUUCGAGAACUUAUUUUUAGUCAGAACUGCAUCCAGAGCCUGGAUCUGAGUGGACCUGUUUACAGAUGGGCCAGACUGGAGAAACUCCACCUGAGUGACAACAAACUCUCAGAGGUUCCUGCACAGAUUGGGUUAUUGGACGGCCUCACUUCUCUGGAUGUGAGUCACAACUCAGGCCUGCGGUCCUUCCCUGAUGAGAUGGGAAAGCUGAGCAAACUUUGGGACCUGCCGCUGGACGGCCUGCGGCUGCAGCUGGACUUCAAACUCAUCGGCAACAAAACCAAAGACAUAAUCAGGUCCCUGCAGCAGCGACUAAAGAAGGCGGUGCCGUAUCACAGAAUGAAGCUCAUAGUGGUGGGGAAUCCCAGCAGCGGGAAGACCACGCUGAUCCAUCAACUGAUGAAGCAGAAGCGCCAGUUGAACUCAAAUCAGAAUGCUGCAGGCAUUAACGUCUUAGACUGGACCAUCAAGGACCGGGAUAAGAAGAAAAUGGUGCUGAAUGUUUGGGACUUCACAGGGGGGGAAGAGUUCAGUGGCUCCCAUCUUCACUUCCUCACUUCCAGGGCUGUCUACUUGGUGGUGUACAACCUCAGUAAAGGAUCCAGUCAGGUGGAUGCUCUCAAACCCUGGCUCUUCACUAUUAAGGCGGUAGCACCGCUGUCUCCGGUCAUCCUCGUGGGCACUCAUGCAGACGUGAGCGAUGAGCUGCACUUCCAGGACUGUCUGAAGAAAACCAGGGCAGAGCUGCUGAACCACCAGGGCUUUCCAGCAAUCAGGGAUCAUCACAUGGGCUACUUCUGUGAGGACUCCGACUCCAUUGCCAAUCUCCGCAAGGCUAUCACAAGGGAGGUCACCAGCUUUAAGAUCCAAGGCCAGCUUGUCAUGGGCCAGCUGGUACCAGACAGCUAUGUGGAGCUGGAGCGUAGAGUUCUUCUGGAGAGGACCAGAAUCUCGCCAGAGUUCCCCGUCCUCAGGCGCUACCAGCUCCUCCAGCUCAUCCAGGAGUGUCAGCUGCAGCUGGAGGAGGCGGAGCUUCCUCACGCCGUUCAUUUCCUCAGUGAAGUCGGGAUCUUGCUGCACUUUAAUGAUCCUGGACUCCGCCUUCAAGAGCUCUACUUUAUCGACCCGCAGUGGCUGUGCAACAUCCUCUCUCAGAAACUGACUUUAAAGAGCUGCGGUCUCCGGGAGCAACCCAAAGGAAUUGUUCAGCGCUCUGUGAUGGAGAAGUUUCUCUCCGAGAGCAAAUGUUUCCCAAAGAGCCACCUGGUGCAGUUUGUCAAACUGUUGGAGAAGUUCCAGAUUGCUCUUCCUUUAGGUGAGGACCAACUGCUGGUACCUAGCAGUUUGUCCAAGCACAGACCGGUCAUAGAGCUGCCUCACUGUGAGAACUCCGAGGUUAUUGUGCGUUUCUAUGAGAUGCCAUACUUUCCCAUGGAUUACUGGUCUCGUCAGAUCUGCCGGCUUCUGGAGGUGUCCUCAUAUUUGCUUUGUGGACAAGACAAAAUGCUGCGACCCAACCGGAUCUACUGGAGGAGAGGCGUCUACCUGAACUGGUGUCCUGAAGCAUAUUGUCUGGUGGAAGCUGCUUCAGAGGAGGGAAGUCCCUCAAGCUUCGUCAAAAUAACUGUUCCCAUGUCGCGAAAAGGCCGGGUGUUACUGGGUCAGGUUGUGGAUCACACCGACUCCGUGCUGGAGGAAUGGUUUCCUGGUCUGCUCAACACUGACAUGCACGGCAACGGAGAGGCUCUGAUAAAGAGGUGGGCGGUGUACAGCUUCCAUGACGGACAACAGCCCAGCAAGAUUCUGCUGGAGGAUCUUUUCAGAUACUCCGAUAAUGAUUUUCUGCUGGUGAACCCAGAGGAUCCAGGUUGCACAGUUCCCAUCUCACUGAUCGCCCCGGACCUGGUGCUGAGUGACCAGCCGGCAGGAACAAUGCUGGACCGUGAGGAGCUGGAAGUAGACCUGUCCAAAGAGAGCAGGCUGGGGGAUGGAGGGUUUGGAACAGUUUAUCGUGGCGUCUACAAAAAUGAAGACGUUGCUGUGAAAAUUUUCAACAAACAUGCGUCAGAGCUUUAUGUCUACAGGCUGCUGAGACAGGAGCUGGCGGUGUUGGGUCGCCUCCGACACCCCAGCCUGGUGGGCCUGCUGGCAGCUGGCUCGGCCCCUCAGGUCCUGGUGAUGGAGCUGGCCCUGCGAGGCUCUCUGGAUGCCCUCUUCGAACACCAGAACGGCAGCCUCAGCCGAAAGCUGCAGCACAGGAUCUCCCUGCAGGUGGCAGACGGACUCAGGUACCUUCACUCCGCCAUGAUCAUCUAUCGGGAUUUAAAGCCUCACAACGUCCUGCUGUUCAACUUGAAGACCGACUCUGAGAUCAUCGUCAAAAUCACAGACUACGGCAUCGCCCAGUACUGCUGCAGCAUGGGAGUGAGGAGCUCCGAGGGCACGCCAGGUUUCCGAGCACCGGAAGUGGCUCGCGGCAACGCAGUCUACAACCAGCAGGCAGACGUGUUCUCAUUGGGUCUGCUGCUCUACGACCUUCUGACCUGCGGCGAGAGAAUCUCAGACGGCAUGAAGUUUCCCAGCGAGUUUGAUGAAGUCGCAGUUCAAGGAAAUCUUCCAGAUCCGGUCCAGCAUUACGGGUGCUCACCGUGGCCCGGCUUUCAGGCUCUAAUGAAGGACUGUCUGAAGGAAAACCCACAGGACAGACCCACUUCUGCUCAGGUGUUUGACCGGCUGAAUUCAGGGGGAAUGCUGUGUCUCAUGAUGGAGGUCAGGGACCCCCGGCUGCUGAGAGCCGAGUGCAUCACUGCAAGCUCCGGUAGCGGCGAGGGACCUGAAAGCAGCCACACGGCCUGGCUUGGUGGGGGCAGCAGCACGCAGAGGCGGGGCUUCGUCACUGCUGUGGGCCUUGACAACAGCACAGUCAUGACGCAGGAAGUGGACUCCAGCCCGGUCUUGUCCCUUGUGACGGUCCGGAUCCCAAACGAGGCCUGCCAUUGGCUGGUUGCCGGCACACAGUCGGGCUCCCUGCUGGUGAUCAGCACCGAAGACCUUUCCUCAUGGCACUACCUGCAGGGUGUCACUGAUGCCGUCACCUCCUUAUACUUCCACGCUCAGCCUUGUUGCACCCAAAGAAAAAGCUACUUGCUGGUUGGGACAGCAGAUGGGAUUCUCAGUGUUUAUGAGGACUCUGUGCUCCCGCAAACAAACGGGAGGCCCGUCAAAACCCUCACCGUGGGAAACGUCAACACGCCGCUCAUGUGUUUGGGCCCGUCUCUGCACUCUGCCGACUCCAGAACUCUGUGGGCCGGCUGUGGAACCAACAUCCUGUCCUUUUCUGUGGACUACGACGUCUCCAGGUCCAUCGACACCAGACCCAACGGUGUCCUGCAGCAGCAGCCGCCUCUGAGUGGCGAGGCGUGUGUGUCUCGCAUGGUUGUGGACAAAAACGUGUACCUGAGUAAAGCCGGAGCGUCGACCGUUGAAGUUUGGGAUAAGAGGAGUGAGAGGCUGAUGGAGUGCAUCGACUGUUGUCACAUCAUUCGGCAGGACUCGGGCGGCAGACGCGGGCCGGGCGGACGAGCGGAACGCCCCUCUGACGCCCCGCCCCCCUGGGCCAUAGUGAAGGCUCUGCUGCUGCAAAGCAAUGCAGCUCUCUGGAUCGGCACUAGGGGGGGCCAUUUGCUGCUGCUGGAGCUCCCCAAACACCAGCCUCUGUGGGUCGCGGCGCUCGGCUGCGACUCGGUCCGCUCCAUCACCUCUGCGUUCAUACAGCCGCUGAUCUGGAAGAAUGUGGUGCUGGUUUUGGGACGGAGACUCCCACAAGACAAGAAUGAGGAGUCUGUGCUGAUGGUGUGGAGCAGCAAGCUGCCGGCGGAGGUCAGAGACCUGAAGAAGCACUGUGAGAAGAGGGAGCGCACCGCAGUGAGAAUGAGAGAGCAGCUCCACCAAUCCUGAGCCUGCAGAAGAGUCGACCAAAAGGGAUAAACUGUCCAGAGCAUCGGCGCGCCUCCGUUUCCCAAGAAAGAGGACGUUUUGGACAAAAAGCACUUUUUCCACACGUAGAUCCCGAAAUCCAAGCACUAAGGAGAAAAACUCCAAUCAGCUCCAACUCAAUCUAGAAACUCUUGUUAUUUUAGCUUGAUGACAAUCAGCGCAUGUUUCCAAUGUGACACUUUGGUAAAAGGGACACGUGGUCAAAGCUGACGCCUGAACCGCAAUGCUGACCCUUCAGAAAGUGAGCCCAGAAAGAAAGCAAAAUGAAAACUCCAAUAUUUAUUCAUGUAUGUGUGUUUUUACCACGGAUCCUAGUCACUCCACAUGUGUGACGACACGUUUCCACAGCCAUCUGAACAGAACCAGUCAGGAAAAGCUAUUCCUUUUUGGUUCCCCAUAUUGGUUUACUGUUUUUUUUUGGCUUUUUUCAAAGUGAAAUAUUUUCAGGUAUUUCUAUUUAAACAAAAACAAAAAAAGCACUUUUGUAAAUUGUGUGAAAUAAACAAAAACUGAGCAGAGGGAAAAAUCCAUUGAAUUAAAACGAAGCAUGACUGAG